AUGCCUCUGACGACUCCGACAAAAAACCUAGAAAAACUAAAACCAUACUCACCGCUGUCAUCCCAGCCGGAUCGACCCAAGAAGCGGUCGCAGAUGCGACCAUUAACGUUGAGUCAAUCUCUGAAUUCUCCCCAAGCCCUAGCCCAUCUCGCAAGCCCAAAAGUUCCCUCCAACCCAGCACAACCCAGCGCCAUAAUGGUCAUCAGCUCCUCUCAGGAGUCUGAACAGAUUAGAGACGCCGGGGCUGGAUUUGAGAAAUUCGUGGAACAUGCGUUGGACCACGGUAGCCAAAUAGGCACACCCAAAAGUGUUGCCAUGGACCUGGCAGAGGACACACGUCCCACGUCAGCCACCCCGAAGCGCACCCGUAUCACUAACAUACGUAGAGAAACCCCACUCCACGAUCUAAUGUGGAACCCUCAAGACCAGUACUGGUUAGAACGCCUCGAAGACAGGGCAUACUCUACUGGGGCAUGA